AGUGCCCAGCGAGGCGUACGUAUUUCCACAAUUUUUUUUAAUUCAAGUAUAAAAGAAAGUUUAUAAUCUGUGACUGAGUGGUUUAAUAUUUUUAAUUGUGAAUAUAAUGGCCUUGCCUAUUCUCCAUUUAGCUGCAGCGGUACUGUUCUGUUACAGCAUAUGGUACGAUCAAAAUUACGUGAAACUUGUAGUAGUGAAAAAUUUGGAUGGAUAUCCGUGUAACAAUCGUGUACUGUUCCUGACAAUUUGGUGCCUCGUAAUACAAACAGUUUACUUCAUAGUGGCAUGUAUAAAUGAUAUUUUUGGAACAAACGAGCGCACUCCCCUUAAGCCACCGACUAUAAGGAAAAUAAAAGAUGCUCUGUUCUCUUUAGCAUUUCCACUUGCUAUCUAUGUAACAGUAGCAUUUUGGUCAAUAUACCUCUGGGACAAAGAAUUGAUAUUCCCAGAACAUGUGCGAAAAGCAUUCCCCGUUUGGCUGAACCAUGCAAUGCACACAAUGGUCUCUGUUUUUAUGAUAGUGGAAAUGUUGACAUCAUAUAAAACUUACCCAUCGCGGUUACUGGGAUAUACAUUGAUGUCGUGUGUCGUAUUGCCAUACAUCGCACUUCUGUUUAUACUCUAUGGUCAGACUGGACUUUGGGUUUAUCCUGUGUUUGCAUAUAUGAAUUGGGCGGGAAGAAUAGUAUUCAUGGGAAGUAGUGUGUGCUUAGCGUAUGGCUUAUAUUUCGCUAGUGAAAAAAUAAAUAAUAUUUUGCAUCCAACUCGAAUGGAAUACCAAAAUGGUAAUACAAACAGUUUACUUCAUAGUGGCAUGUGUCAAUGAUAUUUUUGGAACAAACGAGCGCUCUCCCCUUAAGCCACCGACUGUAAGAAAAAUAAAAGAUGCUCUGUUCUCUUUAGCAUUUCCACUCGCUAUCUAUGUAACAGUAGCAUUCUGGUCAAUAUACUACUGGGACAAAGAAUUGAUAUUCCC